AUGCGGAAGAAUACGAUUUCAGCUGCUGGGUGCAAGGCAAGGAUAUAUGUAAAGUUUGAUAAAGCCGUGCAAGACUGGGUUUUGUACAAGGUUGACUUGACGCAGUCACACCACUAUUCACCGAGAAAGGCAGUGCACUACCAUGAGUAUAGGCAGCUGACCAUGCAUGCAAAGUGCGUGAUCGAGGAUAAUGAUGAGGCUGGGAUUCGUCCAAAUAAGACAUUCCUUGCUUUGUCAAAUGAGGCUGGUAGCCCCUCUAACUUGGGAUUCUCAGAGAAGGAUUUAAGAAACUAUAUAACAGCAAGGCUCCGCAAUAGCAACGUGAAUGCCGAUGUCAGGGAGAUGAUGAGCUACUUCAUGAGAAUGAAGGACAUCAAUCCGAACUUCUUUUACGCGGUGAAGUUGGACGAGGAGUGUAAAUUUAAGAGUGCAGUAUGGGUUGAUGCAAGGUGUAGGGCGUCGUAUGAAUACUAUGGAGACGUCGUGUCAGUUGAUAGCACGUACAGUACAAAUAGGCAUGGAUUACCGUUUGUGUCGUUCGUUGGGGUCAACCACCAUGGUAAGUCGACCCUCCUCGGUUGUGCUUUGUUGGGGAAUGAAGAAAUCGGAAGUUAUGAGUGGGUUUUUAGCCAAUGGGUGAAGUGCAUGGGAACUGCUCCAAAGAGUAUCAUAACUGAUCAAUGUCGAUCCCUUUACCGUGCGAUCAAAAAUACUUUACCUGACACACGCCACUGGUGGUGUAUCUGGCAUAUUAUGAAUAAGCUACCUUCUAAGCUUGGGGGUUACCGCCGGUACGGAGCUUUGUCCGGUGACCUAAACGACAUUGUGUGGAACUCUCGGACGGAGGAGUCAUUUGAAGAUGACUGGACUGAUUUUAUAGAUGAGUACAACUUACAUAACAACACAUGA